CCCUAUUAGGUGUCUUUCGUCUGUACGACAGACAGUGUUGGUGACGUCAGUACUAGUCUGAAGUAGAGAGUGCAUCCUUUAAAAAGGCUUUUACACCUUGAUGAAGUUUCACAUGGAUGUUUUUGUUCUUGGGUUCUUUAGAAGGCAUCUGCUGGCGCUUUAAGCGCGCCGGAAAGGCGAUAGGCUAAUAAAGACUUUUCUGAGCGACAAAACCAGCCCACGUGACCAAUUUUGUUCUCGACAGAAAACACGGCUCUUUGCCGAACCCGAGAACCGUCGAAAAACCUCUAUUUUGUGCCGCGCGCGCGCACCAGCGCACACAGGCACAGCACAUCUUAAUAUAUUGCGCGGUCACGUGGCAGACACUCUCACUCGGUCAGCCUCGACUGUCAGUAGUAAGACCCGCGCCACGGCGAUAGAUACAACCGUUUAGACGCCAGGCGUACGUACAUGCGCGCGGUGAAAUGCUGGAUUGACUAACACCGAAGAUCUCGGGGAUCAAUGGCGCGCGGCUUUGAGAUCGUUUAAAAUUUAUUGGAAGGGAGAGUGUGAGAGAGAAAGGGAAGAGAGAGAGGGAGAGAGAGAGAGAAGAAAACGGUGUCUUUCAACAAUGGAACUUACAAUGGAAAACAUUGGGAAUCUGCACGGCGUGUCACACUCCCAUCAAACCGGGGACUUGAUGAACUCUCCACAUGCGCGACAGUCGGCGACACAUAGGAACUUGGUGUCAUCGCACGGGAGGUCAGCGAUGGUGUCCAGCAUGGCCUCGAUACUGGACGGGGCCGGGGAGUAUCGCACGGACCAUUCGCUGUCCGGUCCUCUGCAUCCAGCGAUGACCAUGUCGUGCGAUUCGAGCAUGAGCCUGAGCAGCACUUACACCACGCUGACGCCGCUGCAGCACCAUCUGCCUCCCAUAUCCAACGUCUCAGAGAAAUUUCACCACCACCCGCACCCUCACGCUCACCACCAUCCCGCGCACCAGCGUCUCGCCGCCGGGAACGUCAGCGGCAGCUUCACGCUGAUGCGGGACGACCGGGGCCUCGCGUCUAUGAGCAACCUAUACGGCCACUAUUCCAAAGACUUGUCCGGGAUGGGACCGCCUUUAUCGCCUCUUUCUAACGGCCUCGGGUCUUUGCACAACUCUCAGCAGGCUCUGAGCGCAUACGGUCCGACCGCUCACCUGGGGAACGACAAGAUGAUUUCCACGGGAGGCUUCGAGACUCACGCUGCGAUGCUCGGCCGCGGCGAGGAGCACCUGGCGCGGGGUUUAGGGGGCCACGGGGCGGGCAUCAUGUCUUCUCUCAACGGUAUCAAUCACCACCACGGUCACUCACAUUCUCAGGCGAACGGCUCGGUGCUGUCGGAGCGGGACAGGCAGGCGGCGGGAGGCGGCGGACAGGGCGGUGGGUCGGGGCAGGUGGAGGAGAUCAACACCAAAGAGGUGGCUCAGCGGAUAACGGCGGAACUAAAGAGGUACAGCAUCCCGCAGGCCAUCUUUGCCCAGAGGAUCUUGUGUCGCUCUCAAGGAACCCUCUCGGACCUCCUGCGGAAUCCCAAACCCUGGAGUAAACUCAAGUCAGGUCGGGAGACGUUCAGACGGAUGUGGAAGUGGCUCCAGGAGCCCGAGUUCCAGCGCAUGUCGGCCCUUAGGCUUGCAGCUUGCAAACGUAAGGAACAGGAGCAGCACAAGGAACGCAAUAUGGCACCCAAGAAGCAGCGCUUGGUCUUCACCGACCUGCAGCGCCGCACACUCAUCGCCAUUUUCAAGGAGAACAAGCGGCCCUCAAAGGAAAUGCAGCUGACCAUCUCACAGCAGCUGGGACUGGAACUCAGCACCGUCAGCAACUUCUUCAUGAAUGCACGUCGCCGCUGCGUUGACCGCUGGCAUGAGGAACACCAUCACGGCCACGUAGCCAGUCCCAGCCAGCCAGGCACCUCUGCCACCACCUUCUCCAAGGCUUAAAUCUAAAUCCCUUUUCCCCUGGGCGGCUGAGACUGGACCGGUCCAACCUCACAGUCACCCGUUGCGUGCCAAUCAAUCCCACUGCUGCCAAAAAUGGCGACGUUUCAUGUUAAAUGCAACCUUUUACUUUGGGACUGUUAUGAAAUCAAGCCAAACAUCUCCAUAUGGAAAAAGCACCACAUAAUAUUCACGUAAACCACGACAGAGUGAGCUGAAAUGGUCUGUUUGUGCGGUUGAGGGCAAACGAGCACUUUCACAGCUCACAGCACAGAAGGCUUGUUACUCAAGCAAGGUUGUCAAAGAAAGCCACCACCUGCAUCAUCACUCUCGGGCCCAUGGCGGCACAAUUCCCUAAUGGCCAGUUGUUUCACUGAGGCUCUCAGAUCAUAUGCUAAGCUAAUGAAUUGAGAGACUAAUCGAUACAGGCAGAAAAGCGAAGGAGGUCGACCUCUACUGAAGGUGAAAUGGAACGAGCUCCCACAACAAGGACUCGAACGUUCACCCAGCAUGGCUCUCCAUACGGUUUAUUUUGCACAGAUGGAAAUGGAGGGCUAGACUGCGAUGUUUCAUGGCACUUGUGGUUAACACAUGUUCUUAUAAUCCAAACUGUCCGUAAUGCAACAAGCAAACCAGUCAACUUCAAGUCUGGGGGACGAAAUACUGGACCAUUUUUAGCAAAAGGUGCACCCUUUCUGACUGUGACCUAUGAUAUUUCAACUAUGAAUAGAAUAUUUUUCAUUCCGUAUAGGUACACAAUAGGCCAAAUGUCAAGACAGGUACAGCCAAACACAACGAGGCACAUUUUAACCACGUAUGGAAAUAUUUGUUACAAAUUGCUACAUCCACACGCAACUGAAAUCUUACUGACAAAUCAAAUAUUUUGUUUAUCCUGUAAAGUGGACAAGGGGUAAACACAGUUCAAAAUGUUACAUUAAAUCUAGUGCCAAUAACGUUUGCCUUAAUAUAAUAUAAAAGUUCACGUACUCUCAGCCAGAGUCCACUCCCAAACUGGCAUUAUGUGCCAUAGCAACCAACAAUCAUCUUUUAAAAAGAAUUAGAAUCUUUUUUAAAACAAAAAUAAUCAAUGCUUUAAAUCAUUCAGUACAGAUAGUCUAUAAUAAAUCCAUCUGAAAAGGUAGAAAUAUCUCUACAGCAACAGAACAGAAACACAGAAAAACACUAAAAAAAACUGUUUCUCCUCUUUAACCCCUAAACCCCUAUUUUUCUUUUGAUCUCUCUCCCAGUUGUGUUCUCUUCGUAAUAUUAAAGCGGGUAAUUGGUACAAAAUAUUUCUAUUUCUUAUUAAACUUGUGAUCUGUGCAAAUGUAAGGCACUUUGUUGAUCAUUUGGAAAAUUCAUUAAAAAAAGGACUUUCUAAAAGAGUAACCAAACAUGGGAGGACUGCAGCUGGACAUCUCUGCAUUGCAUGUGAACUACCACAGGUCAUAACGCAAGGAACUUUCACUGACCAUGAAAGAGAAAACGCUUUCUCUUGGCUCUGUUGAAGAGCAAACGAACCAAACCAAAAAAAAACAUGAAUUCCACCCGAAAAUUCUCCCAAAAUCCUCAAAAAACCCUGCCAAAUGGGUGUGAAACAAGGGCACAACCUUACCUCCGUGGGGGGAUGUUCAAAAUCGAAGAGGAGUCUUUUUUUAGUGUCUUUGAAUGCAACAGUAGCAUUUCUGGAAAUGUUGCAGGACUUGCUGGACAGAUAAAAGUUGGCACUGUUAAUGCAAUGAUGCUCUGAGCAUUGAUUUAUAAGCAGGCCCAGAUGGAAUCUACAAAAUUUUCAGGAGACAAAUCAGCAGAAUUAAUUCAAACAAGGUGCAAUGUGUAGCUGAAAGCAUAAUCAAAUUAGCCCAAAUAUUUAAUAAAUGGACAUUCGAGGGGCAGCAGAUGUGCAGAACUUUGUAAAUGACCAACUCUGUGGAAAUCUGCCACAGAAUUUUAUACUUAAGAUUCCGCGUGGGCCUGAUUAUGAGCAUUAAGAGAGAGCAGAUUUGUGCUACACAAAUCAGCAGGCAUCUGUAUGUACAUUAGCUGAUAAAACGGACCUUUUGUUUGUAGUGAGAACCAGUGUGGCUACCUCACUGAGCUGGGUGGUUUGUGAAACAGCCACUGAUACCAAAGAUUCUUUGACCUGCCAGUCCUGUGCUGCCAAAGGGAGGAAUACACACCAAACACCAAAAGCCCAAUAGCAUCACCAAAGCUGUUACAGAUGUAAACAAACGUAUUACGUAAAUUAAUUUUCACGUAAAGGUGAUAUAUACAUACUGAUACAGUGCAGUCAGACUGCAUAGCGCCACACCGAGGGAUGCGGCUGCUGUGCAGAUUGAGUUGAGUGCCUUUUUCCUUCAACAACGGGUGGGACUGCUCUGAAAUACACACGCACGCACACACACACAAGAAGCACACACACACACACACACACACACACACACCUCGACAGUUUACACACGGGCGAAACGCGUUUCAGGUCCGUCUCGCUGGUUUUUCAUCGUGUUUCUAUGUAAAGACGCGCCGCGCUGGCGUUUCGACCGUUGAGCCGCUUCCCGCGCUAUUUUGAAUGUGUCGCGCGGGACUGCCAUUUUCAGUUAUUUUCCAUUUCUAACGCGGCGUCUCGCGUAUUUUGGACGUCUGCUGUGUGAACGAGACCUUACAUACUCACGCCUACAUGCAAUUGUACGGUACGCAGGCAUACAGGCAUUGAACCAGGGUACGAUUUUAACGUUAGUUUGAUAUAAACUGGUGUUUAAGCACUUUAUAAUGCCAACUUUAUUAUUUUUCCAGUAUCACUUGAUUAAUUAUUUGGGCUAACGGCCAGGUUUAUAUCGCAUUAAGCUUGUCUUGAGAGUGAGGCCGGUUUAUUUUAUGUGCACUACAAAAUAUCUUUCUCUGUUAGCAUCGUGUACUUGUACCCUGAUUUCACUGAGUAUGCCGCAGUACCGUACACACAUAUGGCCUAUUUUCAGGAGCACUUUCUAAUUUAAAUCAAGAUAUAUCAUAAAUCAAUUUCUAAAAUACCAGACGUGACUUUAAUCUGAACAAAUUCUCAGCUACAAUUUUAGUCCGGAACAGGUUCAGAAUAAGCUCAGGUUUAGAAUUUUUGGGUAAUUUGAUUAUCAAAGAUUUAAAUAGUGAUUCAGGAGAAGUGGCCAUUUUGAAAAACACAUUAAACCAGUUCCCUCAUUUAUUUCUCCCGUUGGAAACCACACAGACUUGGCAGGAAGGUGUUGACAAUUGAUUCUGAAAUACCUCAAAUGUUUUGUGUAAAGUUUAUGUAAUUUAGAUUAAACUAAUGCUAAUUACAAUGAGUACACUAACACUACUAAGACUAAUAAUAGUUAGUUUUUGAACUUGUGACUUGAAGCUUUAUACUGUUAAAUUGUGUUUAUGUUGGUGUUGUUGUUUGGUUUUACUCAUUUGCCAAUUUCUUGUUUAUUAUUAUUGUUGUUAUUAUUUUGAUCAAUGGCGGUAUGUAAUUUCUUUAUAAAAGAAAGACAUUUGAAUGUUUAGACACACCAUGAAGGAAAAGGAUUUGAGAGUGAAAGCAAGCAAAAAAAAAAAAAAAAAAAAAAUGAAACAACAUUUUUUUUUGAAAGAUGACAAAAAAAGAGCGAAAUCACAAAUACGCUGAAAUUCCAAUAUAUGCAUCAAUUUUCUAAUAUUUUGUUUCAGCAUUAUUCAAACCUUAUCCAAAUCGUUUUUUUUCUUUAUUUAAAGCUUGAUUGUGUUAAGUGCUCCUAGCAUUAAUUUAAAAAAAAUGAAAAAACAACUCCUCCCAUUCGAAGUGGUGGGGACACUUUUUUUCUGCAUGACUAUUGUAUACUGUAUAGAGUAAAGCUGGAUUGACCUGGACUUUGGUGGGAGUGACUAGGACGACUAGACCCCGGGGGAAGUUGGACAUGGGUGGGAAGGGUGGUACAAGUGUUGGAGGGGUCUUUGUUUUGUAGAGUUUUCUGUCACUGUUGUUUUUCACUG